AUGCAUACAUAUCAGCAAAACUCCAUAAAGCUCAUUGCAGGAAACUCGCACAUUCAGUUAUGUGAAAAAGUAGCAGCCAAGUUAAGCAUUGACAUUGCCCGUGUGGGUGCAUUUCAAUACACAAAUACUGAAACAGCUGUUGCUAUUGGUGAAUCCGUUCGUGACGAAGAUGUCUACAUUUUGCAAACUGGGUGUGGUGAAACCGAAAUCAAUGAUUUUGUAAUGGAGUUGUUAUUCAUGAUCAAUGCAUGCCGUGUUGCUAGUGCCAGACGAAUCACUGCUGUUAUUCCAAGCUUUCCCUAUGCUCGACAAGAUAAAAAAGAUAAAUCGAGGGCUCCGAUAACCGCCAAAUUGAUUGCUAAUUUGUUACAAACUGCCGGUUGUAAUCACGUCAUUACUAUGGAUUUGCAUGCGAGUCAAAUACAAGGGUUCUUUAGCAUACCAGUUGACAACUUGUACGCUGAACCUAGUGUGUUGCGCUACAUCAGAGAAAAAUACAACAAAAAUGAUAUAAUCAUGGUUAGUCCUGAUGCUGGUGGGGCAAAACGAGUGGCUAGUUUAGCUGACAAAUUGGAUAUCCAAUUUGCUUUGAUUCAUAAAGAGCGUCAAAAAGCCAACGAAAUCUCAAGAAUGGUUUUAGUUGGUGAUGUCACUGAUAAAAUAUGUAUUCUUGUUGACGACAUCGCAGAUACUUGUGGAACACUAUGCAAAGCAGCUGAUGUUUUGUUGGAGAAUAAUGCCCAAAAAGUUGUUUGUAUGGUUACUCAUGCAAUACUUUCAAAAAAUGCCAUUGAAAAGUUGAACAAUUCGAAAAUUGAUAAGUUGGUUUGUACAAACUCGUUGCCUAUACAAGAAAAAUUGGACAAAUGCUCCAAGAUGGAGACGUUGGAUAUCAGUGCUACAUUGGCAGAAGCUAUCAGAAGACUACAUAAUGGAGAAAGCGUUAGUUACUUGUUUAACCAUGUACCGGAAUAG